AUGCCGCUUCAGACGGACAACUUUCUAGGGAAUUUCGGAUUCAAUUUUGACUUCGAUGCAUGCAUCAACGUCCGUAGCAGUAAAGAAGGAAACGAUAUCGACGAGCCUGUGCUGGCCCAUAGACUGGUAUUAUCAUCAGCUUCGGCUCGGUUUCGGAACCUUCUUGCUACCGGUCAGCCUGAAGACUCCAUGGCAAAGAUAGAUAUCGAUCUGAGAGAAAUUCCGAAUUCAAUCAACGCCUUCAAAGCGAUGCUGAGUGGGCUGUACACUGGCGAGCUGAACUUCUCGUUAGCCGAUCAUGCCGAGAUUCUCGCGGUCGCCCGGCACUGCCAGGUGCCGACGAUAGAAAGCAAACUGUUGGCAACAAGCCAGGACUUGAAUCCUUUCUCGGCCCUUUUGCCACAACAUAAAUUCCCGACGAUCGCCUCGACCCCGCCUUGGCAGACGUACCUUCACACAUUGCUGGCGCUGUACAUGCAGCCCGGUUUGUUGGCUUCGACAUUUGGGGCCAGUGUAAUACCCUGCCAGACGACUUCGUUGCUGACUCCACCGACUCCUCCAGUAGACGACAACAGAGCUCUUACCGACGACUUGUCAUCACCACGUAACACUCCGACGAUAUUUAGCGAGAAAAUCGUGCCAAAUGACGACAAAGAAGGAUGGUGUCGAAACAAGAAGUACAUCGAGAAAGUCGACAACGGUUUUAUGUGUACAGUAUGCCGAAAGAUCUAUGGAAGCGAAUUGAUCAAUUCGGUGUCUAUGCAAUCUGUGACUAUCUAUCACCGCAGCCGCCGCCCAAUCAGGUCUGACUAUACCAACAGUACUAGUAAAUGUUGCAUUUCCUCAACAUAUCAAAUAACCAACAAAUUCCACGAUGCGCCCGAGUCCGGCUGUCAGUUCUCGACACGAGAAGCACGAUACAUCCACUUUCAUAAGUACUACAGACAUCAUAUACCACUUCCAGACAGCAUUGACCUGGGCUCUCGAAAAUGCCCAUUCUGCCGUCACGUCUCGAAGAGUCCAGCCAUGCUCGAGAAGCACAUCGCUAGACACGUGCCGGAACGAAAGGAGAAGUCCGUUGAGAGUUACAACUGCGACCAGUGUAUGUAUAGAGGGAAAACGGAAGCACUACUGGGACGUCACAAGCAGUUUGCACAUUCUGUGGACGUUUUCUCUGAGGAAAUUCUCUGUUCACUAUGCCAGUUCUCUUUCACCUCCAAACAUUCCCUCAUUCUGCAUAUCGCUUCCGCUCACUCUCCAUCUGAAUCCAAGCCUAUCGCUGAAUCCGCUCCACAAGUGCUCCCUGAGCAAAUUCCAAUAGUUGAAAUCUAA